GUGCUGCAGGCGACCCAGAGCUUCAUCCCGCUCUCGGUCGUCAUCGUCGCGCUGAUUUUUAUUCGGGACAUUGGCGUCUCCUCGCACCAGCUCUCGGGUGGCUCCGAGCCCCACCUGUUCCUGGUCUCGCUUAUGGUCGCCCACAAGUUCAUGGACGACCACACCGUCGUCCCGGUGACGUGGUCUCGCCUCUCGGGCCUGCCGCAGAAGCAGAUCAACAAGCUCGAGCAGCAGUUCUGCAUGGCCAUGGACUACAACUUCAAGGUCGAGCCCGAGGUCUUCCGGCAAUGG